CGCAGCGGAAGCGGACAGCAGCAUCACAAUCAGCGAGAUGCAGGCGGCGCUCCUACUCCCAGCGCGGCCGUCGGCGGCGGCGCCGCCUACGCUCUUGCGGCGGGGGGCGGCUUCUGCGUCCUCCGCGCGCGCUCCCACUCCCCUCCCUGCGGGGCGCCUCAGCGGCGGCGUGCUGAGCGCUGUGCGGCGCCUUACCGUGGCGGCGGCGGGGUCGUCGUCGUCGUCGUCGGGCCCUCUCUACCCGACGCCUCCCCCCACCGAGCAGGACAUCGAGCGGGCCAAGUUCGAGCAGGUUGUCAAGAGACUGGGGAAAACAGCGAGGUAUUUCAAGAAUUUGGGUACUCUUGGGUUCUGGUCCCAGUUGGUGUCCACAGUUGUUUCCGCUGGAAUUUUGUCAUUUUCUACAGUUAUUACUGGGAAGGUGACAGCACCUUUUACAUUCUAUGCAACUGCUGCUGGUAUUGCCGCGGGUUUUAUUUCAGUCUUCUGGUCAUUUGGUUACAUCCGCCUUUCUGAAAGACUUAGAAAAACAGCAAGUGAACCUGCUAAGGCUCCUCCACGUGCUGAUGUAAUUAGAAGUCUGAAAAAUGGCAUUGUGCUCAAUAUGCUCGGGAUGGGUGCUGCAGUUCUCGGCAUGCAAGCAACUGUUGGGGCUUUGGUAGCGAAGGCUCUUACUACCUCUGCAGUACCUUACUAUCAAGCAACUUCCCCUGGUCAAAGUCCUGUUUUGGCUCUAGAUGUUUUCCUAGUUCAGGCUUCAGCGAACAUCAUCCUGUCGCAUUUCCUUGGCCUGGCGAGCUCCCUGGAGUUGCUGCGCUCCGUGGCCAUCCCUCCAGCAGAAGCUGCUGCGGCGUGAGCAUAUCAGCGCAUAUGCCAAAGGCAAGGGCUCCCGUUGAUCAUCUUGCUCUUCAUUUGCUGCUUCGGGCUUUGGUAUUCGCUAGGAGUAGCACCGCUCGUCCGCCUGUAUGUUUCUUGUCCAGACAAAAUUUAAAAAAAAUCUAGCUUUCACUGCGUAAAUUUCAUCUUGCUUGAUGCUGAGUAGCAGCAGGUUCA